GAUAAAAUUUUGACCGUUUUCGCGUUAUUAAUUGUUUUAAAUUUUUUACCAUGUAUAAAGUGAUUUUGUUAUGAUCAAUAUCAUAAAUGUUUACAUCGUUUUAGCCUCAUACCUGUUCCCUCGCUAUGUUUUCAUAAUGAAUGUAAGCGCGGGAUUGUCAUCGACAUAGAGUAAAACCGCCCUGUAGUGCCAGACUGCCAGUGACCUACCUGUAACCACAAAAAUAUUUAAUAUUGUGUCCGCUAAUAAACUUAUGUAUCUACCUAUAUUUUGUAGUCUGGGAUUUUUUACAAUUCAAUAAGUGUGUGUCAGCGUCAGCCUCCCCGGCCUCUCCCAGAGUUUUAGUCACUAAAAUGUGUGGACGGCUUGCAUGCACGCUACAUGAGCGUGAACUGCGACGUUCUUGCGCCCUUGCGAGAGGGCAUCCAGCCAAAAGGGUACGCGGGAGGGAAGACCAGCCUCGAGGUUCCAAUGAAGGGAAACAGCCAGCUUUCACAAAUGACGGAGAUAAAAUGUCCAUUAAAAUCGAAUGCGAGGAGGAAGAUUUGGAGCCGGUGUGGAUUGAACCUGAGGCAGAGAGCCUGCAGUACAAAGCUAAUCACAAUGUCACCCCAACACAAUCUGUGCCAUGCCUGAUGAUGAACGAGGAUCGACGCACUGUCAUCACUCCAAUGUUGUGGGGCUUCAUUCCUGCUGGUCACAAAGGCACUGCUACCAAUCAUGGCUUGACCUCAUUCAACGCUCGGUCAGAAGGUCUGAGUGCAUCCCCCCUCUACAAAACAGCCUUCAAAUCAGGGAAAAGAUGUGCAGUCCUCUGCACUGGUUAUUACGAGUGGAAAACCAUUCAAGGACGAAAACAACCAUUCUUUUUCCACCUGCCACAAGAGGAAGAUGUCCUGGUUGAUGUUAACUGCAAGGAAGAAGAAAAUGAAGAGUUUCGGGAACGAAGAGUGACUCCCUUAGCUGGAAUUUAUCAUCACUGGACCAACUCAAAGGGGGAGAAGAUUCCAAAUGUGACCAUUAUUACCAUGGGUGCUGGUAAAUGGGUUUCCUGGUGCCACCACCGCAUGCCUGUUAUUUUGGACACUCCUGAAAAGCUGAACAACUGGCUCGACUAUGACAAAAUCAAUGCUGGCGAAGCUGAAAAGAUGUUUGUGGAGCCUAAUGUGAUUAACUGGUACCCAGUGAGGAAAGAAUUCCACACUUCCAAACCUGAACUAGCGCUGAAGUCAAUCAAAUUGGAGGAGUGUUCCUUGGUGCCAGAGUUCCUGUCUAAGUGGGAAGGGUUGGAAUCUAACGUGAAAAUAGAACCACCAGAAAUAGGCAAGUACAAGUCAACUUUGAAGAGAGCUAGCAGUCCUUUGAAUGACCCCAGCAGUCCUUCUAAGAAACAAACAACUUUGACGAAAUGGUUUACAAAGAAAGAACCCAAGUAAGCAAAAUAUACUAAGGUAAAUAUACCUCUGGCAAAUAAAAUGGAUUAUUUUCUUAAAAAUCAA